AUUAAUUUCCCUCAGUAUUAUUUCUGUACGCCCCAUUUUGAGGGAUACGAUCAGAAAAAUUAUAAACUACUUAUCCAGUUAGCGUUAACGCACAGAAUUAUCCAUUUACAAACGAGCCAACGCGACUAGUUAACCUAUGAGCUAGCAAAGUUAGAAUAAUUUUAUCGUUACUGUCUAAUAUUGAUGUAUCUUCAUCUCCAAAUCAUCCCGAGUUAGACUUUUUUUUUAAUUAACGAUAAGGGUUUGAUUUAAGCUUGGUUAUCAUCCUGUAAAGGCGAGCUGAAGGAAGAGAAAGCUGCCAUGUCUGAUCCACUUAAAGACAAAUCCCAAAGAAAAGAGAAGAGGACAGGCAAGGUGCCCUCAGAGGGAAGCCAUGGAGUCAGAGGCAAGGAAACAACUGGCAAGACUAAGGACUCCAUAAGUACUGUGUCAUUCAUGGAUGAACUAGGACACCAUGAUGACAACGUUCGGAUGCCUGUAACAAUGGAGAACACCUACCAGAUGGGACCUUACAAACGCUUCCCUGUCCUCGCUGUCACAGACAUACUGAAGGAUGUACUCACCAGUUACCUCCAAGAAGAGAAAUAUGAAGUAGAGUGGUCUCAAAAAAUGACAAAAACAAUAUGUGAGGUGAUAAGAGCCCGUGUGAAGGAUCUCAUGAUCCCCAGAUAUAAGAUAGUUGUCCUGGUCCACAUCGGUCAGCUCACUGGGCAGAGCAUGCAGAUCAACAGUCGCUGUCUGUGGGAUGCAUCUAGCGACACCUUCGCCUCUUACUCUUUCAAGAAUAGCUCUCUGUAUGGUGUAGCAACUGUCUACGCUAUUUACUUUGAGUGACUCAUAUACAUUGCA